AUGGCCACGAACAUCACAUUCCACCCCGGAUCUGUCGACGGCCCUGAGCGUGCGGACUUGUUGAAACAGAAAGGCGUGACGGUCUGGCUCACCGGCCUGAGCGCGAGCGGGAAGUCGACGAUCGCGUGUGCGCUCGAGCAGCACCUCCUCCAUCUGCGCAAGUUCUCCUACCGGCUGGACGGCGAUAAUGUGCGGUUCGGGCUGAACAAGGACUUGGGCUUCGACGAGAAGUCGAGGAAUGAGAACAUCCGCCGGAUAGGGGAGGUUUCGAAGCUCUUCGCAGACUCGUGCUGCAUUGCCAUCACCGCCUUCAUCUCGCCAUACCGAGCAGAUCGGGCAGGCGCGCGGGAGUUGCACGAGAAGGCGGGCCUGGGCUUCGUUGAAGUCUUCGUAGAUGCACCACUGCAGGUCGCCGAGCAGCGCGACCCCAAAGGGUUGUACAAGAAGGCGCGAGCAGGAGAGAUUAAAGAGUUCACUGGUGUCUCCGCGCCUUACGAGCCCCCAGAAAACCCAGAGAUUCACCUCAGGACGGAUCAGUGCGACGUCGCAGAAUCCGUUCGCAUAAUCUCCGAAUACCUCGCACAAAAGGGCUUCAUCUAA